UUUAUUUAUUUUCGAAUAAUUUUAAAAUAAAUUAUAAAUAUGUCACAUAAUUUGUUAAAAACAUUGACAUUUGUAAGGACAAAUAUUUUACAAAAAUUUCCUGUUAAUUGUAAUACAAGAUGUUAUGGAAUUACUCAAGGAAAUAUAACAAGAUUAAACAAUAUUUCUCAAAAGUUGAAUGAAAACUUUAAAAAAAAUUCAAUAUUAUUGACACAACAGUUGAGAAAUGUUCAUCACUCACAUCUUGAUGUCAAUACAAAUAUUAUAAACAAUGUGAUACUUUGGAAACAUGAUGGCACUAAAUACAUGAAAAAUAUUACAAUAUUUGGAAUAUUUCAAUUAGUUGUUUUAACUGGUUUUAGUUUUAGUGUUUUACAUUUAAUACCAACAAAAAAUAUUGAUGAAACUUAUUUAGAUUAUUUGAGUCAUGCAUAUUUUGGAAUAUCAGUUGUUGCUAUUCCACUUAUAACUGGUAUCAUUGCAAUGAUCUUGAUAAGAUUUUACGUACACCGAUCAGUCAAGACAAUUAUUCUUAACAGAGGAGGAAAAAAUAUAACACUCAUUACGUAUCAUAUGUGGAAAGGUGCUACAUCAAAAGUUGUUCCUGUUGAUGAUAUUGUUAUUAGACGUAGCAGAUCAGAAGUUAAAAAUUAUAUGCCAUUAAAUAUUAAAAGUACACGUCUUUAUCAUUUGUUAGAUGGAAAUGGUGUUUUUGUUAAUCCAGAUUUAUUUGAUCAUACAAUUGGCUAUGACAAGGAAAAAGCAGAACAAGCUGCUAGAAAAAAAAAAUGAGGUUUAUUUAUUAAUUAAGUAAAAAAG